CUACCCCAAUGUCUUUCGCCACCGUUGCGGCGGCAUAUCUCCUAGGCGGCGUCACGUUCCUCCCGCUCGUGCUCGUUGCGUUUGUGUAUCUCCACCCGAAAAAAAAACACCUGUCCGUGGCACCGCCGUUCCUUGCAGGCCAGGUGGAGGAGGAUGCCCAAACAGGCCUUGAUUGCUUCAAGCAGGGCUGGAUUUUCGUGACCCACGAGGACUUGGAGUCGCAGGACGAAAUCUCCGCCAAAACGGAGUCUGUGGCCGAGUCGCACGAUGUCAAAUCCGCGUACUCGUCGCUUUACAAGUUGGUCACCAACUCCAACAAGGGGGGCGCGGCGGCUAAUGCUGCUGAUUUGGCUGCAGCCAGCGGCGAGGCGCCAGGCACGGGCCAGGGGCUGGCGGCGGCUCCGGCGGCAGCUCCGGCAGCGGUUCCGGCGGCGGUUGCGGCGGUCCCGGCGGCCCGGCCGGCCAGCGCCGCGUCGAAAAAGCACCGCUACUACGCCGUGUUGAAACACGGCAACCUCUUCUUGUACAAGAACGAGAGGUUGCAGGACGUCAAGCACGUGAUCGUGCUUGCCAGCCACGUGGUGUCGCUCUGGCCGCGCUCGCUCCUGGACGCGUCGCUCUUCACCAAGUACUCGUCGAUCGCCAUUCUCAAAAACGACUGGGCACGCCCGCGCAGGCUCUCGGACAACUUUGCCGGCGGGGGCUGGGGCCAUGGGGACAAAAUCGGCGUGCGCGAUGUCUUGCGCCGCGACUCCGGGUUGCCCGCGCCGCCGGGCUCCAUUUUCGUGUACACGGACCUCAACAUCGACAAGGAGGACUGGUACUUUGCGCUUCUCCGGGCCACCAAGUCCGACGCGCCGGCGCCCGCGGGCUUGAGCCCGGCCGUGUACGCGCGCACCUUGCACCUCGAGACCCCGAGCAUGGUGGCGUUGAUCCGGCGCCUCUACAGCUCGGAGGGCCAGGUCCAGUCCAAGUGGUUCAACGCCGUGGUGGGGCGCGUGUUCCUCCUGCUCCAGAAAACCGACCUCUUGAAGAGCUACUUGACGGCCAAGAUCGAGCGCAAGUUGAACAAGAUCAAGACCCCGGGCUUCUUGGACAAGUUCCUGAUCACAAGCGUGGACGCGGGCAGCGCCGCGCCGACCGUGGCCUUCCCCGUGCUCAAGGAAAUCAGCCCGCAGGGCGACCUCCUCGUGUCCAUGAACGUGCACUACGCGGGCGGCAUGUCCAUGCAGUUGGCCACCAAGGCCAACAUCAACCUCGGCUCGCGCUUCAAAACACGCGAGGUCGACGUGGUGCUUUCGGUGACGCUCGAAACCAUCUCGGGGCCCAUGCUCGUGCGCGUCAAGGCCCCGCCGUCCGCCCGCGUGUGGUACACGUACGAGCGCGAGCCGGACGUGUCCAUCAAAAUCGAGCCCGUCAUCAGCUCCAGGCAGAUGUCCUACAACAUCAUCACCAACUCCAUCGAGAAGAAGUUCAAGGACGCCAUCAGGGACUCGCUCGUGCUCCCGCACUGGGACGAUCUCGUCUUCUGCCCCACGCCCGACGAGUUGUACCGUGGCGGCAUCUGGGAGAAGGACCCGCAGGCCGAGGAGCGCGACCAGAAGGCGGCCGAAACCAGCGCCCCGGACACGGCCAGCGACUCGCUCUCGACGGACGCCGCGCUGGCUGUCACCGUGAGCAGCGACGAGCAAAGGCCCGACCCUCUGGCGCUUUCCGACGCGCCGCCGGCCCGCAGCCAGAAGGCAAAGGUGUCCAAGACCAUCAGCGAUCUCUCCAAGCGCUUGCGCAAACCCAAGUCGGGCCAUACGCUCGGCGUGGACGACACCCACUGUCUUUCUGACGGCUCUGUUAGCCCCACGGCUCUGCCUCCCAACGACGACUCCUCACAAAACGUCAGCACGUUCCGCAAGCUAGGCGAGUGGUAUUCCAAAGGCGACAAGGCCAGCUCGUCCAAGCCUUACGCGGCCCUGUCGCCUACACUUGACUCCACAUACCACCCUCCCGAAAUGAUCUCCAACAGACGAACCCGCAAACAGUCUUCC